AUGGCCGACAAGAUGGGCUCUUUCACAGAGUUCCUCGAAUUCAUCAUGACCCCCUCGACGCCCGUCAUCCUCAUCGGCGCCGCCAUCGUCCUCCUCUUCCCCAUCCUCCUCCACUACAUCCUCAUCAAGUCAACACCCUACACAACCCUCCCCUCCGUCCUCCUCCUCGGCCCCGCCGGCGCAGGCAAGACCGCCCUCCUCACCCUCUUCGAACGAGGCGACGCCCCCGCGACAACCCACACGAGCCAGCGCCCCCAAACCGUCGAGCUCACGGCCUCGCGCGACAGCAAGACGGCCCAGAGCUUCCGCAAUCACGACGACACCAGCGGCACCCACACCAAGUUCCUCCUCGUCGACACCCCCGGUCACGGCAAGCUCCGCAACUACGCCCUCGGCAAGCUCGCCAGCGGCGCCGGCGGCAGCAAGAGCAAGAACUCCAAGCUCAAGGCCAUCGUCUUCAUGGUCGACGCCGCCGCCAUUGGCGAGAACGAGGCCCUCGCGCCCACGGCGAGCUACCUUUACGAAGUCCUCCUCGGUCUCCAGAAGCGCGCCGCCUCGAGCAAGUCGUCCAAGCCGCCCCCGCCCAUCCCCGUCCUCGUUGCCGCCAACAAGACGGAUCUGUUUACGGCGCUGCCUGGCGCGCUGGUCAAGUCGAACCUGGAGGCUGAGAUUACGCGGAUACGGUCGUCGCGCAGCAAGGGCCUGUUGGAUUCUGGCGUCGGCAUUGAUGAUGUCGGUUCGGAGGAGCACGAUGAUUGGUUGGGCGCGUAUGGCACCGAGAAGUUCACCUUUGACCAGCUGCGCGAGUUUGACGUGGAGGUGGAUGUUAUCGCGGGCAAUGUUACUGGCAGCGCAACAGGCCCCGAUAAGUGGUGGUCUUGGAUUGCCCAGCGGAUAUAA